AUGCAGAAUCCAAAACGUGGCAAGGCCGUGCCGACUGACACCCCGGCGUCCAAAUUUUUGUACGCCAUCCUCAAACAGUUGGAUCUUAGAUCGGUUGAUUGGAACCUAGUAGCCUCUGAUCUCGAAAUCUCCAAUGGCCACGCUGCACGGAUGCGAUACUCACGGUUUAGACAGCAGAUGGAGGGCAACGUUCCAUCAACCCGGGCUCCCCGUGCUAAGAAAGACAACACCAAGUCGAGCAAGGGUAGUUUGCCCAGCGAGAACGGCCAGAAGAGUCUUCUAUCCCUUUCUUCAGAGCCAGUGGCGAACCAGGGAUUUUCAGCUCCCUACGGCGAGCAUGUUUCCUCCUUGAUGAUGCCAACUCCUGGUCCUUCGCUCUCUCCUAUGAUGCCGCCUACUCAUCCAGCUGCGCGACUACCAUACCAUCCCUCUCCUCUUCCUACACCCGAGGUAAAGCACGAACCUCUGGAGGCUACUUUCGAGCCUUGCCUGGAGUCUAUGUUUAAAGCCGAGCCCUACGAUGAGCACGUCCCAUCGCUGGUGGAUAUCCCUCUGACUACAUCUUUCCCAAUGUCGACUAUCCCACCAGCUGUUGCGCCGUACACUUCUAUGUUUGCCAGCUCAGGCAACCCGGUCAUGUAUCCAUCUGCAGCCGCACUUCAGCCCGGGCUUCAAGCUGAGUUUCGACCUGCGUUUCAGCCCGAGCCAUUCUACCACGAGCCCUUCGGAGCUCAGCACCUGAACAAUUUCUGGUGGCCUAAGAUACAGCCGGAGCAGGUGAUAGUGGGAGAGGAUAUGGAGGUCGAAGAAGAAAUCAAGGAGGAGCCGCGAGAGGAUGGUGAUGCUACGAUCUACUUCGCCUCAAUCAUCAUGCCUGGCGCCAAACAGGCAAAAUCCGAGGAUGAAAUUCCUCAGAUUGAUGCUCAGUUCAUUGUCCAAGUGGCCGCUGCCCUUGGCUAUACCAAUGUUGCCUCCACCGCGAACCGAUUCCGCGCCCUGCGCAAGCGUUAUGGGUUUGACCUCGAAGCCACCCAGACAACUGGAAGCCCCACCAAGAUAGAUAGCGCGUUGGCUGGAGGGAACGGUCCCAUGGAUGCUCAGAACGGGCAGGCCGGCCUUGAACUGACUACCCCGACCAAACGCAAGGCGCCUGCGAAGGGAAACCCCCGAAAGAAAACCAAGGCCAAUGCCGAGGGGGCCGCUGAGUCGAAUAACUCCGAUGAAGCUCAGGCUGGGUCGGAUGUCGAUACCAAGCCGAACACAAAGGAUCGCAAGAAGGGCGCUGCUGCCCGUGCCAAGUUUGCUCCCAAGGUGGAAGUUGUGGUUGCGCCUGAGACCCAAGAUAGGCUUGAUCUUGGAAGCGAGGUCGUUUAA